AUGUCUCUGACACUAUCGGAAGAAGGUGAGCUGCAAGUGCAGGCUUACCUGCGCUUCGCAAAACUUAAACGAGACCAACACGUACGAGAGGUUGUUUCUACGAUUAAUGACUUUAAAGCAGAGCACAUUCAUCAGGGGGAGAUGUACAGCUACAAGGAAGUAAUCCAGUUAUUCCAGGAGCUCGAGCAGGAGACGAAGCAACUUGUAGACAAGGAAAUCCAAAACGCCUACCACGCCAACGCUCUGCUGGUAAAAAUUUUGCUCAGCCAGGCCCAAUCUCAGGGCUCAGACCUUUUUGUAGACACUCACGCGCUGGAGAACGAGUUUUUGCUAAAGCAGAUCAGCUCCAGUGAGGUCACUGCACUAUCGCGGCCUGCCUCGGAUUUUCUGCAACGAAAAAAUGCUGCGUUGGGCAAGCUGGGAGCCGUUGCCACGAUGGUCACACAGGACCCAGCCCUAAUCACGGAGCGGGACAAGCUCAAGGCGGAUCUGGCUUCGGCUCAGGAGCGCUUGAUGAAGCUGCAGGAGGAGACGACAAAAAUGAUGCGCGAGCGCACAACCUUGAACCACCAGAUAAACGACAUGAAGGACGAGUUGGCUGCCAAGGAUAAGGCUCUAGCAUCUGCGCUUGCGGGAAACGAGGCUUCCGCCGGUAAGUUGCAGAAGCAAAUGGAGCAGUUGUCCGCAUCGGCAACAAGCAAGUCGCAGAUAACGGCGGCCGAGAUGGAGCAGUUGAAGAAGCACGCAAGCGGGCUGAGUUUCAAGGUGGCUGCGUGCAUGGAUGAGCUGCAGGCCGCUCGAAACCAACUGGCCCUUAAGGACAAGGAGCUCAGGGCUGCGACCGACGCUAUUCACGGCAAGCUGCAGGAGAGCAAGCCUUUCCUACAGAUGAAGCAAUUGAUGCAGGCAAAGAGCCAGGAGGCUGCAGCGUUGCGCAAGAAGUUGGAGAAAUAUGAGCCGCAAAAUGUGCCUAGCGCAGACGUUGCUUAA